GCGAAGAAACUAUUACCAGACGGGGCUUAUUAUCUGAAGCUGAUAAAGAAUUUCAUUUAGUCGCUUCUUGUGACCAAGGGUUGUGGUGAACACUAUAAAAAGCUCAAAUACCCUGCCGAGUCCCUAUACCGAGCACCUCCUCAUUUUGCAGACGAAGGUUGUGUGAGGACUUGAAGGGUUUGCUCAAGUAGCUUAAACCAUCAUGUUACAGUGAGUUCCAGUGCCUGGGAUUCUCUUAUUUCUGUAUAAUUUACCUAGAAUUUGUCUAUCAAUAAGUAGCCUUGAACUCCUUCAUCAACUCUGCCACCCUAAAGUACCGAGGUCCUUCUUACCUCUGGACAAGUCCAUUUGUACAUAUAAUACAUUUUCUCGUGAGGAGAGACAGAGGAACGAACCUAUAGUUUAAAGUCCUGCAUGCAGCAUUAGUCAGUCACUGAUACCGUGUAUCAUGCUUUAAUAUUUCGACAUUGAUUUGCUGAGCAGCUGAAUAUUACAUGUAUAUUAAGCAGUAUUGAGCAUUUAUCAUGGACAGGUUUUUCCUCACUUGAAUUGAACUGAAGUUAUUAAAUAUGUAUCAACCUCUCUCAACCUGAUGCAGCGAAUUCUCAGUCUCAAAAUCCUCGCAGAGAUUACAGCAUCGUCUCAAUAAUCAUAGCUGCUGCAUGUUGUAGUCUGCUGCGGUUUUUCAUUCAUUCAUUCUGCAAAUGAAAACCGGUCGGGUCCACUCCACGAUAAUUAUUUAUUGUUGCACGUCUUCGCCACUCAUCCACCACACGCAAAAAUUGCAGUCAGACUCCGGGGCAGCAGCAAUUUUUUUUUUCAUGUCACCUUCUUCUUGAGCAUUGGCUGCCAGUGAAUCAGUGAACUUGGACGAGUGAUCGAGUGAAGACAAUAUUAUUUAUUUAUUUAUUGAGGUGGUGGUUGGUAGGCGGUGUAGAAAUGGUACUGUCUAAAAGUCAAUUUUUCUGCCUGGGCCUCGUGGCAGUUGCCUAUUACUAUAAAAUCACAUUCAGUCAGAAUGUGGAGGACGGUCCAGUGGUGACCACCAGCCUCGGAAAGGUCAAAGGUGCCACGCUCUACUCCAGAGGAGGUCGCAAGUUUCACGGUUUCAUGAAACUUCCAUUCGCCCAACCACCAACUGGAAAUCGGAGAUUUGAGCCUCCAGAGCCGGCAGAGAGAUGGGAGGGAAUUCGAGACGGUCGCGAGUUUGGUCCUCGCUGUCUGCAACUCGACUCUUUCAUGGGGGUUAUCCAGGGCGAAGAAGACUGUCUGACCAUCAACGUGUUCAGCCCAGUUGUGGAGGCAAGAGCGAUUUCAAAGCCAUUGCCCGUGAUUGUUUAUUUCCACGGUGGAUUUUUCCACAACGGGGGAGCUGAUUUUUGGAAAGCCAACUACUUUAUGGAUGAAGACGUCAUAUUUGUGACUCUCAACUUUAGAUUGGCUGCCCUUGGAUUUCUUAAUACGGGUGAUAGCGCGAUACGUGGCAACAUGGGACUGAAAGAUCAAACAAUGGGGCUGAGAUGGGUGCAAGAAAAUAUAGGAUAUUUCGGUGGUGAUCCUAACAAGGUGACCCUCUUGGGAGAGAGCGCUGGCGCCGUUUGUUCACAUCUCCACAUGUUUUCCUCAAUGUCGAAAGGCUUGUUUAACAACAUAAUCUCACAAUCUGGGUCGGCUUUGCACUUUUGGGCGAUUUUAGAAGAGCCGAAACGUCAAGCAGAGAGAUUUGCAAGUUCUGUGGGAUGCCCAUUCAAUGACACGGCUGAAAUUAAAUCCUGCCUUAAAAAACUUGAUCCCAUCCAACUAAUUGAAGGGCAUCGUGAAAUGAUGGACCCUCUACGCGAAUCUAUUGCCAUUUUCAAGCCUUCCGUAGAAGUAGAUAUUCGAGAUGGAAAUACAUUUUUGGCCGAAAAACCAACCGAGAUGGCGAAACGAGGGGACUUUACAAAAGUUCCAUGGGUCACGGGCGUAAAUUCUGAAGAAGGCCUCGUGUUUUCUGCAGCAAUGCUUGUAAACAAAACUAUGCAAACGGUUGCUCAAGAGGACUGGGGAUUCUUUCUGGACAGGACAAUCUGGUUUCCCUCUGAGGAAGAAACGGCAGAGAAAGUACGACACUUUUACUUUGGAGAUGAUGAUAGCUCUCUCGUCCCAGCAAAUGUAUCGUCCAACACGGAUCUGAUAACGAAAAUUAACAUGAAUCCAUUGGAACGAUUAGACAGUUACACCAAUAUGAUUUCUGAUCGUGGAUUUUUCUACGACGCUCAUCACGGUGCUUCGAUGCAAUCAAUACACUCACCCGUAUACUUGUACUACUACAGUUAUCGUGGAAAGUGGAGCGUGGUUAACUUUUUCCCAGAAAUUAGUGGAACUUUUAAUCGCCAAUUGGAAGUGACAUGGUCCCUCUUGACCACGUGGGUUGCUGCCAACGUCUUUGGUAGGCAGUUACCCAAUUAUGGUGCAUCGCAUUCUGACGAGCUUUCCCUGCUAUUCUACAUGCCAUGGGUUUCUGAAAUAUAUGCGGAAUCUCAAGAUUAUGACAUGUCCCUUGACCUAGUAAAAUUAUGGGCAGAUUUUGCAGAUAACGAUUCUCAUCUCAAGUUUCGAAAUGUAGAGUGGCCAGUUGUGAAUGCGUCCCAUAAAGAGGUGCCGCUGCAGUACAUGAAGAUUGACUCUGACCCCAUGGUCAUCGAUGAACCCUUCACUCACAGGAUUCAAUUUUGGAGUUCGUUACUGGAUUAACGAAGGCGUUAAUUAGCUUAAAACAAAUUAUAUAUAGAAACUCAAUUGUAAUAACUCAAACUGUUGUGAUCCAACAAAAUUGUGUGUAUAUAUUUAUGUAUGUGUGUUCGAGUCUACGAGACAUAGUAUAGAAAUAUUGCGCUACUAUCAUUGACUUGACCAGUAUUAUCAAUAGAGAUUUGUUUAUUAUUAUUAUUAAGAUCAUCAUCAUAUCCUGUUCGGCAAAAAAAGACUGACUGUUUAGAGACCAAUUUAUAUCUCUGACUAAUAUGGUAGAACAAAAGAAAAACCUGAUUAAGUGAUAACACAAGUUGAACCAAAGAUGGAACGGCGAUUAAAAGUGAUUUUUGUUUCGGAAUCACUGACAUCAGAUAUUGUACGUCUCAGAUGUUUAAAUCUGCUCCGUAUUUUAAAGAAGUCUUGAGAACUUAGCCCUGUAGGCAGGUACCUUGGGUGCGGGAAGAACUCGACAUUUUUGGCCAGUUCGCUGUCGAGGAGGGCGUGGUAGCCGAACUUUGUUACCUGAAACAAAUUACUAAUUAUGAAAUGAUUGCGAUAAUCAGUUUUAACACUUAUUUCGUUUUGUACGAUUAUUUAAUUUAUGGUAAAAUAAAAAUUGAUGAGCUGAAUAAUUA